UUCAGGUGCGAACAAUAAUUUACAGUGAAUGUUUAGAAGAGGUGUCGUGCAGGCUUUAUACAGGAUAUAAUUCUCAACUAGGAGGCUAUUAUUUACUAAUUACUAUUGUAGAAGCCGGACAAGAGUGGGCUUCUUCAUCAACUUGCCCAAGUGAUCAACUCUUGACUGUAGGCUACUUGUCACAACUGGAUCAAGAGAGAUCGAAUUUUCUUACAAAAUGGCGAAGACCUAGACCUAUUUGUUCAGUUGUUGCGUCGAGCUACGAUUGUGAGACUGGGUGAACCGAGGCAAGGCCUAUGGAGGCAGCAGGGUUUAACGAAGUUCACGCACAACGUGGUGUAUCGUAUGGAAGAAAACGUUUACGGCCUCUUCUUAUAAACCUACUAGAUGCAAAUCAGCUACCUGGACUGGAGUGGAUAGACAAAGAGAAAAAGAUAUGGAGACUUCCAUGGAAAACACAUAAACAGAGUGUGCUGCAUGAACCAGAUGGAAUAGUCUUGCAAGCAAUUGCAAAGGUCAUGUGGCCACACGAAGAAAACCUGAGCAAAUGGAAGGAACUGUUACGGAAUGCUUUGAAAAGCCUGAAGGACAUUGAAUUGAUUGAAGAGGAUAAAACUAAACUAUUCAAAAUAUACCAGUUCUUGGAGGAAAAACCUAAAAAAAGGCACAAGAAGCCAAUACCACCAACGUCAACUCGGUCAGGCUUCACUGGUGACAUUGCCUCAGCUACAGCAUCCUGUAGGACAUCAGAAGGACCGUAUGAUGAUUUUUUGGGACGUCCACAAGUGCAGCUCCACGACUUUACUGGACAUUUGGAGGGGCAAUUUACUGGGUUUCCUUUUACUGGAAAUCCAGUGAAUCAGGGUUACCGUAGCCGUAGCCCAAUACGGGAUGAUCUGGGCCUUCCUUUAGAGAGUGCGGAAUCCAACAUUUCAGGCGACCAUUCUUUGAAUUUGGCGCCUGACUCAGAUGAUCAGAGAUUGUUCAACAACUCUCAAGGCCAAUCGGACCUUUCAACCUCGAGCUCAAAUGUAUUUACUCCUGAAGCAGGUUUUUACGAUGGGCGUUUUAGAAAGAUCCCGGAUUUCAAGGCGUUGUUUGACUCAGAACAGAAUAACAGCCCUGAUGAACAUGUGGUGCCUAACGAAAAUAAGGCAGAAAAUGAUAUUAGCUUCUCAACCUUAAAUUUAUGUGUAACGCAGAAGGAAUCCAGUCACCAUGAUUUGCAUGCUACUGAGAACUCAGUAGCUGUUAAUAAAAUAUGUGGUGUGGACAAGAUGUCAGUUCCAUUGACCCACCAUGAGUUGCAGAGUUCUCCUCUCCCUGUGGGUCCUCUGCCUGAAUGCUCUCUCCCUGUACUACCAGUCCAGCCGAACCAGAACGAGCAGCCGUUGUUGACUGUCGAAGUGUAUUACCACCGGUAUUUGGUUGUACGAGUACCAGUGCAGAAGCCUUCCUUCACUAUAUGUCACAGUUUCAAUCAAUAUGACAGCAGAGAAAUACAACGUAUCGACCUCGGGAAAUCAGAUCUGUACCCUGGGCUGAAGGAGGAGCUGAAGGAGAAACAUGUGGUUAUCGACGAUGUUUUGGGUGCGAUGAAGCGAGGGGUGCUGUUCUCAGUGCGGAAUCACGACAUAUACGCCACCCGGCAUUGCAAGGCGAGGGUUGUGUCUCAGAUUCUCCCCAAGAACCCAAGUGGGAAAAUUCUGGAGCGUCACUCGGAGAUACAAAUCUUUGAGUACGAGACGGGCUUUGUUCCUCUGCUGCAACGUUCUUUGAGAUCCUCUUCAGGUCAUGCAAAAAUGCCCGAGUGUGUUGUGCGUCUUUCUGUUGGUAGCAAGGAUGGCAUCAUCGAUGACAGACCUGGAAUCAUCACAGUUAAGAUUUACCACGAGCUUGCGAGACAGCAACUGAAGUUUGAGGAGGAUAAUCGGUUCCCUUCAAAUGCUCCAGAAUGUUCCAAGUCAGACAGUUAUGAUGACGUCGUAAACAGUUUACAGAACCUAAUGACAGGAGAGGAUGGGGAAGGUGACGAAUAGACUCACUCAUUAGGACAAAGAUCGUGUAUAACAAGAUAGUUCACUCCUCUCUUUGAGCCAGUUAAAAAAGUGUCCUCAAAAUUCGGUGGUGCCUUCUUCGAAAAAGGGCGGACUUUGCGAACAGUUACCCUACUU